CUCGGUCAGCUGAUAAAGGAAUCACGCGGUUCGGCUGCUCAGUCAUCUUCAGCAGAUCCCGGGUCGUGUUUUGCUCGGUUGGUCUAGCUCGAUCUUGCUAAGAUGGGGCUUCGCGAUUUAAUAUUGUUCGCCUCUCUGGUGGCUGCUUGUUCGGCGCUGAUCAGAAUCCCUCUGAAGAAAUUUCCUUCCAUGCGUAGCAUCUACAAUGAAUAUGGGACCAAUAUCCAAGACUUGAUUGAGUUGGGACAAAUGCUGAAGUAUAAAUUUGGGGGUCCCGGUGCAGAAAUACCUACCCCAGAGGCUCUGAAGAAUUACAUGGAUGCACAGUAUUAUGGGGAGAUAGGUAUUGGGACUCCACCACAGAAGUUUACUGUCGUCUUUGAUACUGGCUCAUCAAACCUCUGGGUGCCAUCUAUUCACUGUGGCAUGCUGGAUAUUGCCUGCUUGAUACAUCAUAAGUAUGAUUCUUCAAAGUCUAGCACAUACGUAAAAAAUGGUACAGAUUUUGCCAUCCAUUAUGGUACUGGAAGCCUUUCAGGAUAUCUCAGCCAAGAUACUGUGACGAUUGGCGACCUGUGUGUCAAGGACCAGUUGUUUGGUGAAGCCACCAAGGAGCCUGGCAUCACUUUUAUUGCUGCAAAGUUUGAUGGCAUUCUUGGCAUGGCAUACCCCAAGAUUUCUGUGGAUAAAGUAGCACCUUUCUUUGAUAAUGUAAUAAAACAGGGAUUAUUGGAAAAGAACAUAUUUUCCUUUUAUCUAAACAGGGAUCCAAAAGGCCAAACUGGAGGGGAAUUGCUUUUGGGAGGAACAGAUUCCCAGUAUUAUUCUGGAGACUUCAGUUGGGUGAACGUAACUCGUAAAGCUUAUUGGCAAGUCCAUAUGGAUAAGAUUGAUGUUGCCAAUGGCCUUACUGUGUGCCCAGAUGGCUGUGAAGCUAUAGUAGACACAGGAACAUCACUUAUUACAGGUCCAACUAAGGAAAUUAAAGAGUUGCAGAAAGCCAUUGGAGCCAAGCCAAUCAUUAAAGGACAGUACAUGCUCCAAUGUGAUAAGCUAUCUACACUUCCCACUGUGUCUCUCGUGCUGGGAGGGCAAUCUUAUGUUCUUACUGCAGAUCAGUAUGCCUUAAAAGUUACUGUUCAAGGAGAAACUCUUUGUUUGAGUGGAUUUUCAGGCUUGGAUGUCCCACCACCUGGUGGGCCUCUUUGGAUUCUUGGUGAUGUUUUCAUUGGGCCCUAUUACACAGUAUUUGAUCGAGAUAAUGACUCCGUCGGUUUUGCAAAGAGUACUGGCAACGUGUAAAAGCAAUUAGUCAUUGCCUUCCACAGUCUCAAUACAAAUGCACUCCCAAGCACAUUGUGCUUUGCUUUUAUAUUGUGACUGAUUUCAUUCAGAACAAAAUCAAGAAAGUAGAAAUGAGAGGAAAUGUUUUUAAAUUUAAAAAAUGACUACGAUCUCCCAAAAUUUAUUUGUCAUCUUUCUGAUAACAUACCAUAUAAAGGCUCUAAUAAAUUUACAAAUUUUGGAGGAUCCUAAUAUUGUAUGUACUCUUCAUAUUUCUGGUUCUUAGAAGCAUGAGCCUUUCAUAUGUUUUCGAGCGCAAGUUGUCUUGUGUAAGCAACUUUGUUUUCUGCUCACUCUCUCCCAAAUUAUUUAUGUUUUUGGAUACAAUUUCCUAGCAACUCUCCCAUCAUAUAUGCAAAUAUAUAUGCACACAUAUGUACAUACAUAUCAUAUAUGUAUGUACAUAUGUAUUUAUAUUGCAGUUGAUCAUUGAAAAAUUCUUAACACAUUUUAUAAAACAUGGUUAAGGUUAGUAAUGAAUACUUUGGAAAUAGCCAUUGUAAUGGAAAAGGUAAAGUGAAAGUAAAGAUAAAUUUUAAAUGGCCAUUUAGUCUAGGUUUCCCCAACUCAGGUAGUAUUCCUGUGAAUAUUUUGUUCUUCCGUUUUCCAAACCUUUUGUAAUUCCUAGUUUCUUUUUGAGUUAUGAGAACAGAGUUAUCUGACUUUUCCCAAAAAGUAUUUCACAUAAAAGUUUAUGAAAUGUUUUUUGGCUCAAUUUAUGAGACAUUUUGACUCAAGUUAAUUUUGAAGAAGUUUUUAAUCUUUAUCACUAAUGUGCAAUACAAGUUUUAUUUAGAGAGGUUGACUCUACCAUUGCAUUCUGUUGUGAAGAAAAAUAUUGUAAGCAACUCAGAAAAAUAUGUUCAACUCUGAGGAAUUUAAUCUGGGGAUGGGGAUUGAAAUUCUGUUAAUACCUCUAUAUAUCCAAAUUCUUUUUGCAUAGAUUUCUAUAUCUGGUGAUUCAGAAAAGGAAUAGUUUUUUCACUGGGUUUUGUUUUGAGCCUAAGAAGUCAUAUGAUCAACUAUUAUAGAGUGAAUGAGACUUGAUAGAUUACAGAGCUGGGCCACUGUUAAUGCUAGGCUAAUUCAUUUGAGAUGUUUCAUAAUACUUGAGCCCAAUCACAAGGCUAUGAGAAGCCAUGGACAAUGGAACAAUAGAUUAAGAUUAAAACAGGUUUGUUUCAGGUAAAGCCAAUAGCACCCUGGUCUUGUAUAAGGGUCUUAAAGAUUCUUAAAGAUUUAUGCAAAUGUGGGAUUGAAUGACACCUCCAUAAUAAAAUAUAUGAGACACUCAAAACUAAUCAGCACUGAUUGAUAGACUGGCAGUGUUUCACAUUGCAGCUUAAUGUUGGAUGUGUAAAAGUCUUUCCACUGCCAUUUCCAAAAUUUGGACCAUACAGAUUAUGAUAUUGGAAGUCUAAGCCAUUGUGUCAAGUAGGAGAAAGCUGCUAUUUAGCAGAUCCCACAUUCGCGAGAAGAAUAAAGUCCACCACAUCUUAUUGGAAAUCGUCUUAGUAAAUUUGACAUGCAAAUCACACUGCUGGAUUAGCAAUUCGCUGUCAUUCCCCUGAUGGCUUGGAACAUUCUCUUGCUUGUUUUCUCUUAAUUUGCGAAAUGCUGUUAUGUUCUUGCCUGUUCAAAAGAUACAAUCUGUUUCAUAGCUGUUCUCUUUUCAACUAGUAAUCAAAUAAAUUAAAAAUAAAAAGUUUCCAUUGCCAUAUA